CGGAACCGGUGUCCCCGUGUGCGGGCUGGGGGGUGCUCGGGAGGUUUUUGGGGGGGUCCGCGUGCGAGCCGGGGGGUGCCCCCGUGUGCGGGCCGGGGCGGGGGGGCGGCUGCCCCCAGGCGCCAUGUCCAUGUCGCACCUGUACGGCACGGAUGGGGAAGAUGGCGUGGAGAUGGAGAACUUCGAGGUGUCGGACUGGGACCUGCAGAACGAGUUCAACCCCCACCGGCAGCGCCACCGGCAGAGCAAGGAGGAGGCCACCUACGGCGUGUGGGCCGAGCGCGACUCGGACGAGGAGCGGCCCAGCUUCGGCGGCAAGCGCUCCCGGGAUUACUCGGCCCCCGUGAACUUCAUCAGCGCCGGGCUGAAAAAGUCAGCAGCUGAGGACGUGUCGGAUGAAGACUCUGAUGAAGAUGAAAAGCCUGUUAAGCAGGAGGAAAUCCCUAAAGAGUUUGUGCCAAAGAAGUUAAAAACAGGUGGUAAUUUCAAGCCUAGUCAGAAGGGCUUUGUCGGGGGGACAAAAUCUUUUGUGGAUUUUGGCAGCUGGGAGAGACACACUAAAGGAAUUGGGCAGAAGCUGCUCCAGAAGAUGGGUUACGUCCCUGGAAGAGGUCUCGGGAAGAAUGCUCAAGGUAUUAUCAAUCCGAUUGAGGCCAAACAGAGAAAAGGCAAAGGAGCUGUGGGGGCAUACGGCUCGGAAAGAACCAGCCAGUCUUUGCAAGACUUCCCUGUUGUGGACUCGGAAGAAGAAGCUGAAGAGGAAUUUCAGAAAGAGCUCAGUCAGUGGCGGAAGGAUCCUACUGGAGGCAAGAAAAAGCCAAAAUACAGCUACAAGACAGUAGAAGAACUGAAAGCCAAGGGUAGGAUCAGCAAGCAGCUUUCAGCCCCUCAGAAGGAGCUGUCUCAAGUCAAGGUUAUAGACAUGACGGGCCGGGAACAAAAGGUUUAUUACAGCUACAGUCAAAUUAGCCACAAGCACAAUAUCCCAGAUGACAGUCCUCAGCAGCCACUGGGCAAAGACUCCAAGCCCCAGGGAUUUGCCUUGCCUGAGCUGGAGCACAACUUGCAACUUCUCAUUGACAUCACAGAGCAGGAGAUCAUCCAGAACGACCGGCAGCUGCAGUACGAGAGAGACAUGGUUGUCAACCUGACCCAUGAGAUACAGAAGAUGUCUGAAGUUCUCUCCCAUGAGGAGAAAGCCAUUAGCAAUCUCAGCAAGGUGCUGGAGAUGGUGGAAGAGUGUGAGAGACGGAUGCAGCCCAGCUGUGAAAAUCCCUUAACCUUGGAUGAGUGUGCAAAGAUUUUUGAGACACUUCAAGACAAGUACUAUGAAGAGUACAGAAUGUCUGAUAGGGUGGACCUGGCAGUAGCAAUAGUCUAUCCUCUCAUGAAAGAUUACUUCAAGAACUGGGAUCCCCUCAAGGACUGUACGUAUGGCACGGAGAUCAUAGCCAAGUGGAAGAGCCUUUUGGAAAACGAUCAGCUGUUAUCACACAGUGGGCAGGACCUGUCAACAGAUGCUUUUCACAGGCUGAUGUGGGAAAUCUGGAUGCCAUAUGUCAGAAACAUCGUGGCGCAGUGGCAACCGAGGAACUGUGGAUCGAUGGUGGAUUUCUUGGAUAGCUGGGUAAACGUCGUUCCUGUCUGGAUACUGGAUAACAUUCUGGAUCAGCUCAUCUUCCCCAAGCUACAGAAGGAGGUUGAAAGCUGGAAUCCUCUGACAGACACAGUCCCAAUUCAUUCGUGGAUCCAUCCCUGGCUUCCCCUGAUGCAGGCUCGAUUAGAGCCGCUGUAUUCUCCCAUCCGAAACAAACUGGCGAAUGCUCUGCAGAAGUGGCAUCCCAGCGACUCCUCCGCCAAACUUAUCCUUCAGCCCUGGAAAGAUGUGUUCACACCUGGGUCCUGGGAGGCUUUCAUGGUCAAAAACAUCGUGCCUAAACUAGGGAUGUGUUUGAAUGAACUCAUCAUAAACCCUCACCAGCAGCACAUGGAUGCCUUCUACUGGGUGAUUGACUGGGAGGGGAUGAUUUCUGUCUCCAGUCUUGUUGGGCUGCUGGAGAAACACUUCUUCCCAAAGUGGCUGCAGGUGCUGUGCUCUUGGCUUAGUAACAGCCCCAACUAUGAAGAAAUCACCAAGUGGUACUUGGGUUGGAAGUCCAUGUUCUCAGACCAAGUGUUAGCACAUCCAUCGAUCAAAGACAAAUUUAAUGAAGCUCUUGAUAUCAUGAACCGGGCUGUCUCCUCCAGUGUGGGUGGGUACAUGCAGCCAGGCGCUCGGGAGAACAUCGCCUACCUCACUCACACCGAGCGGAGGAAGGACUUUCAGUACGAAGCCAUGCAGGAGCGGCGCGAGGCUGAGAACAUGGCCCAGCGCGGCAUCGGCAUGGCCGCCAGCUCUGUGCCCAUGAAUUUUAAGGACCUGAUUCAGACAAAAGCAGAGGAGCACAACAUUGUUUUCAUGCCUGUGAUUGGAAAGCGGCACGAAGGGAAACAGCUGUAUACAUUUGGACGGAUUGUCAUUUACAUCGACAGAGGCGUUGUGUUUGUACAAGGAGAAAAGACUUGGGUGCCAACCUCUCUCCAGAGCCUCAUUGACAUGGCGAAGUGAGGGCCCCGCUUUGAACUGUGAAGACCAUCGUGAUAGUAGUUUUAGUGUAACUGUCUUAAAAUAAAGAAGUUACAGAUUUGUAAAUAGAGUGAAA